AUGGUGUUUAAUCAACAGUGUGAUUGUACUCACAAACCUUCUCGAGUGAAGCUUUACCCGAAAACACUCAGCAAAAUGUCUGCGCCAAGAAAGGUAAAUAUCACAUAGUUGGAUCUAAACUGUGUUCGAAGAGCAUCAUUCAAUCUGAUUCAUUUUCCAUUACUAUUAUUAUUAUUUUUGAAUUAUUUAUUUUUUCAUUAUGUUGUAUUUUUAUUCUUUUAUUACUUUGGAUUGUCACCUCUGGGUAACCCAAAAAGAAGGUGCUUAUUGUUUUCUUAAAUAAUUUUUUCAUUUGUUCAAAAGGAUACAAAAUGUACGUAACGCAGAUUUAUUAAUAAAACAAAAGACAAAUUAAAGACAAAUUUUUUUGUUUUUCAGAAAAUUGCUCAAAGCGAAGAUCUUACUCGUCCGAUAAAUGUCGGUCUACGAAAAGAUGAUGACAACGAAGGUAAAGUCUCUUCUCUUGUGGGAUUAUUUUUUUGUACAUAAACAAAUCAACGCAGUGAGCUCUGACUGGCUUCACGGAAUGAAGUAAAACAAAUGAAGGUUUCCCUGAAAAAAAUUGCAAUGCCUUUUUUUUUUAACCUUAACCAUAAACUCUAGUGAAUGCCAGUUUUUAAAAAUGAACCUAGCGAAAUUUGCAGCCCUCUGAGUGAAAAAAAAUUUUAAAAAAUCACUUUUAAUAACUGUUAAUCUAUCUAAGUUUUUAUAUUGGCUUCUUUUGUUUCCACAAAAAAACUGCCUGAAAGAAGAGGUCUAUUUGGGAGUAGUGCUUUCAAGAAUCCUGCUAGAUAUAGAAAUGUCAAAACUCGUGUGUCGUUUUAUAACAAUAAAUUAUCAUUUUACAUUCUAGGCCAGCUUCUGUGUAAGGAUUUCAAGAUCCAGGUUCUUCCUGCAGCCUUCUAUCUGAAUGAAAAUAUUAAUUUCAAUCAGUCUUGUUCAGGAAAAAUGAGCACACAAGGUUGUUGUUGCUGA